AUGUGCUCCCCUCCUGUGGAGAGGUGGCCGCCGGAUCCAGCUCACGGCGCUCCAUCCGUCCAUGGUCAGAGUAUUCAGUCAUCCGCUCCACACUUCGCGAUACUCACAUCGGCGAUUGCCAUGAGCUCCCCUCCAAUCGCACCUCCUGCGCCAAGGCCGCCGCCGGAUCUAGCUCACGACGCUCCACCCGUACAUGGCCAGAGUCUUCGACCUCGCGAUGAGCGCCGAGCGCUCGGUUCAGCCCCGCCAAGCUUUCUCAAGAGCAAGAAAGAGUCCUACCAAGCAUACUUGAUGCCACGCGCUGAGUAUAACACGAACCAACCGGCGGCAGUUUAUGCAUCGAGUCCACCCCUUCGCGCUCGGCUUGUGUUCGACGACAAAGCCUUGCUUGCGGAGGCGGCAUCGCCCCCUCACGGGUAUGCUACACCUGCAAAGUCACCCGGCACCCGUUUUCGGCGGACUACGCCGACCGGUGGACCUCCAUCAAGUUGCGAGUCACUGGUUACGAGAAGUGCUUCACGCAAGCGACUUGCUGCUAGCAUGGAUAGAGAGCAUGGCGGGGCUACAUCUGGCGAUCGAUCUGCAACUCGUGAAAGUGCUCAGCGGAAACGAGCCACUCAAACCAACAGUUGUCGUCGCGGGCUAUCGCCACACUGGGGCCACCGCGAAUGCAAUGGCAUGACGUCUCCCGUAGGCGAGCAGCAAACGAGCACUCCAUCGAAGACACACCAGAGGUCAAACAAUGAGAAAGGCAAGCGGACGUCUCGAAAGAAGAAGCAGCAGCAGCAGCAGCGAGAUGACGCGCAGCUCGAUCGCAGGACUGCUCCAUCUGGGGUUGAAACUGGGUCCGUUGUUCCGAACGCUAGCUCGGUACUUCCACUAACCUCAGCACCUGUACUUUUUGAAAUGUACAAAAAGCGCAAACCCCAGAAUUGGCAGUUUAUCCAGCUCGUUUGCAAAGAUGAAUUUCGGGGAAUGAACAAGCAACAUCUCCGGUCCGAACACGCUCGCUGUGCGUAUUGCACCAGGUGCAACAAGGAAAUCAAGUUUGAGAAAUCCUGCACCACUUGCGUCUCGAAGCACAUGGCCAAGGUGCAUCCCAAAGAUCUCAAGCAAGCGGUUGAAGACAUCGAAGCCCAAAAACGGGACCAAACGCAGACGCUAGUUCAUCAGGACUUUGGAACGAUGCCAACGCGCUCGGCAUUCCAAGAACCGGCCACUCCGGAAGAGCAGGAUCGAUGCGAUAAGUUGGCUUCGAUUUGGAUCGCGAAGUCAGGUCGACCUUUUACUAUCGUCAACGAUAAGUACUUUCGAAAGUACUCAAGGAUGCUCAACUCGAUUCAAGGAUAUGUGAAAACUGUCAAGUUUUGGAAAGGGCGAGAAGGAGUGGAGAUUGUGGCCGCCGAGUUGCGUGAUGUGCUCAAAGAGAAAGUUGGUGUUGACUGUGUGUAUUAUUCAGCUUCAACGGACAUACAUUAA